AUGUCGACUCACUUUAGCGCAAAUCAGGUAUCCUUUUCCUCUUUUUUAAACAGUUCAUAACGCUGAUAUUUAGUUGAAUUCUUGCAGCCAUAGUGCACUUUGUAAACUCAAAAGAAAACUGGACAUUUGCUGGUCGGUUGUAAUAGUUAUCGUCGGAAAUCUUGUUCAUCAUUGCUCGUCUUCUGCCUUUUUGUAAAGCUUAUGAUAACUUCCUUUAAUUCGUAUUCCAGUAUGAUCAAGCCUUUUUAGCCCAAAGAUUGCAAAACUGGGAAAUUCCGAAAAGAUUUAAAGAGGUAAAUCUUAGUUAUUUUAAAGAGCUUGUAAUGAUAGCCUAUUAUUGUAGAAAGUUAAUAUGUUACUUCAGAUGGAUGCGCUGAACUGAACCUUCGAAAUAUAUCUCACCUCUUACCUUGCAGUAACAAUUUUGGCAUGCAGCUUGCGCUACAAGGGUUUCUCCUGACAAGUUCGUUUUAAACAAGGGUAAUCUAGGACACCCUCGAUCCGAGGACUUACGACUUAAUAAUAUUGCGUUCUACAUCAUGAUAUAUAUAUAUAUCACUAAACAGGCACUUUUUGGAAAUCUGCACUACAGUCUUACAGAAGUAAGACCAAGUAAUUGCUCUGCUCUAAAUAUUAAUGCAGUGAUAUAUGUCUAUACUCUUAAAUGUUUUCCUAUUUAUAAUUACAAAGGUAUUUGCUGUUAGAUGACUGAGUAAGCAGACUGACAGUUUGCACUUAUGGAUACCUCAAAGCAGAAAGCAGUAUAUCAGCCUUGUUCCCUAGCGGGAGAAAUGAAGGCGUGACAAACGAACCCCAAAGGAAGUCUGCAGGGAGGCUACCUUGUUCCCAAGGUUGUCUCCUUUUGUCACCCCAAGUACGGGAAUCUGGGUACUGGAACAGGCAGAAAUAGCUGCCAGCGUGGACCAGAGAACUGACCUUAAGGCCCCUCACUCUUAUGUGUGUGUGUGUCUUUCUGCGUAGCAUAGACAAAAUAUGCAAUACUUAUAAUCAAUAACUGAGAGAGUUUUAAUUUUUACUUGUCUGUAGAGACCGUCCACUUUAGAAGGGUUUACCCAACCAAUCAGCAAUGAUCGUGGACAUAUUUUGCCUGGAAUACCACGGUCAUCGAAAAGUCCAUGGGGCGAGUUUGUUGGAACAUGGGAUCUACAAAGAGCACCUCUUAAAACAAAAACGAUAAAGACAAAUGCACUGUCAUCAAGCAUUCAGGAUACAGCACCAGCUCCUGUAGACAAGCACCGAACUCCUAGCCCAAAGCAAGAAGAAGGCCAAAAUAUUGCCAGAAGCCCAACACCACAACAAGAAGCUGUGUUAAGGACUCCAAGCCCCAAAGAACGCACAAGCCCUCGGCCACAAAGCCAGGAUGGUAAAUGCAACAAAACACCCAGCCCUACUCAACUUAAAAUGGCAGAAGUACCUGCCUCUCCUGCAAAAAGCCUCACCCAGGAAAUUGCCAUGUAA